CUUUUAAAAAUAAACAUGGCAGUAGAAGAAAAGAAGCGUAAACACAAGGACAAGUCAGAAAAGAAGAGCAAAAAGAAACACAAGGCGGAUAAAGAGACAAGAAUAGAAACCCCUAGUGCUACAAUUUCAGCCGUGUCAACUAAUGCCCCUGCUUCAUCAUUCUCGGAGGUACAUGCAAGACUAUAUAUUCAUUUAGCUCCCAUGUGGGCAGGCAAGACUAUGGAAGGAGUCAAUGAACAACUUAACGCUUUUUUGAUGAAAUAUGUUCCAGAAGUAGAUGGUAUUGUCCUUGCACACUCAGACGUCAAAUUUGUAUCUGAUAAAGGAAAGAUUAUGUAUGAUUCACCCUUCUCUCAUUUUUUCAUCUCUGUCAAAUUUCUUAUUUGGAAGCCUAAAAAGGGAUCAAAACUUGUUGGACGCAUCAACUUACAAUCAGAGGAUCACAUUGGUUUAUUAAUUUAUGGCACAUUCAAUGCAUCAAUUCCAAAAUCACGUAUACCUUCUUCUAUGUAUGAAUGGAAAGUUAGUGAGGAGGAUGACGCACCUGUACAAGAGGAAAGCUCAAUAGAUGAAGAUGAAGAUGGUAAAGAAAGUACACCAGAAGAACGAAAAAGAACUCAGUACGGUGAAUGGGUAAAUAAGCAGACAGGAGCGAGUGUUGGUGGAGAUGAUGGAACCGUUGAGUUUACAGUCAUAGAUAUUAUUGAAGCAAAUGAUAUCUUGACCGUUACUGGAUCGCUUUAGACUGUACAUUUCUUUUUUUCAUACAUUAAUCUAUACACAUACAACAUAAAAAUACAAAAGAUCAAUGCAACAAUAUUGUAGUUUGAGGAUAAGCAACUAAUGCUUUUAUACAUAAAGAUCCCCUUAUAGGAGCUUAUUUACAUUAAAAAAACAUUUUUAAUUCAUACAAUGC